CUGUGGGGGGAGGUUCGGGUCGGUCAGCGGGUCAGAACACGAGGCUGCAGCAUGCCACGCACUCGACGAAUGCCACCGGAGAUAGCAUGCGGAUUGGGCUUGAAGGCGGCGUUUUGGGAGGUGUCGUGAGGGGGUCGUAAGAUCGAGAGGUCGUCCAGGGAGAUGGGUGAGUGGGGGAAGGAAGCAAGAGUGCGCUCGCCGCGCUAUAUGGACCCUCCGGACGCCAGCCUGCUCGCGCGCGGACGCCUCGACGGGCAGCACGAUUACGGGUACGCAGCCAAUCGGGGGCUGUCAAGCGCGCCGCACACGAGAUCUAUGAGCCAACGGCGCGUUUCAUUGGGGUGUAUGCCGUUCGAUGUCCUCGUGGCGGUCGCGUGUGCGGUGUUGUGGUCGCUCCAGGCAGUCCCAUUGCGGUUCAAACGGGGUUGAGGCUGGGGUAGAGAAGCGGCACCAGGGCGAGGCGAGGACGCAGAUGGAUCGCGCGUUGGUUUGUGGAGGAGCGCGAUAUUGGCCGGA